CGAAUCAUUAUCCCUUUUAAUAUUCGACUUUGUCGGAAAACGCCGAGUCAACAACAUAAUAUAAAUAAAUAAAUGGAUGAAUCCCGCCGCCGUGACAGCCUGGUAAGCGGCAUUUAUGUUGGAAUCGGAUCACGUUUCUGUUUCACCCGCAGCCAUUUUUUGCUUCUCUCUACCUCCUCAAACCGCCGAUUGGGAUCUCAAUUUCGCCUAAGACUCCGUUUCCGACUCCGGCGUUCAAGGCGAGUUCCUAGUCUUUUACCGGAAUCGCCUUUUUCUGGGGAGGUCUUAGUAGCAAAAAAAAGUCUUGACAAACAACGGGGAAUUGUUUGCGGGGUCAAGUGAAAGAAAUGGGUUCUGAAGGACCAAGUGGGGUUACAAUUCACGUAACUGGAUUUAAGAAAUUCCAUGGGGUUGCUGAAAAUCCUACCGAGGCUAUUGUCAGUGACUUGAAGGCUUUCGUAGAAGAAAAAGGGUUACCUGCUGGUGUCACUCUUGGAAGUUGCACAGUUCUUGAUGCAGCUGGAGAUGGUGCUCUUCCAGUGCUCCACAAAGUUCUGGAAUCUGGCAUCUCAAAUGUGACUGAAACCAACAAAGUCGUAUGGCUUCAUUUGGGGGUAAAUAGUGGUUCAACGAGGUUUGCUAUUGAAUGGCAAGCUGUGAAUGAAGCUACUUUCCGUUAUGCAGACGAACUUGGAUGGCAGCCUCAGAAACUUCCAAUAGUCUCCGAGGAUGGGGAAAUCUCAAUGAUUAGAAAGACAUCCUGCUCGGCUCUGGUGAUCUUAGAGAAGUUGAAGGCGAAAAGCUUUAACGUGAUAUUAUCAACGGAUGCGGGUCGUUUUGUUUGCAAUUAUGUAUAUUACCACUCCCUCAGAUUUGCAGAACAGAAGGGUCACAAAUCAUUGUUUGUCCAUGUUCCUCUGUUUUCAAAAAUCGACAAAGAAACCCAGAUGCGUUUCGUUCACUCACUUUUAGAAGCCAUUGCGUCUACAUGUUAAAAUUUAUUUUUAUUUCCUGUGUUUGCUCCAUCAUUUCUAUAAAUGUUCAUUUCCAAGCUGUGAAAUUCUGUUUCUUGCAAGUAAGGGGCUUUCAUUAUUAUACCUUAUUGAAUCCUAUCCAUUUCCCCCCAAAACAGAAAAAAGAAAUAAAUCUACAUGAUUGUUGUGCA